AUGGAAUCGAUGGAGCUCAACUACCCCGUGCCAUGCGUGCCUAAAUAUGGCAGACGCGGCUCAGUCUAUCAAGACAUGGCAGACCUGCUCCUCCUCAUCCUGCUUCCCUUGCUUCUCCUUUUCUUCAUCCUCCUCCAUGCCUCCCCCAUCAAAGCCCUCCUCACGACGGCCAAGUUGGUUCUAGCGCCGGAGCUCUCCACGGUGUGGAAGCCGCAGCCCGCUAGUAUCUUUGUCACCGACCAUGAGACGGCGCACAGCCUUCUCGUGCGCGGCAGCGCCGGCGGCUCCUUCUCCAACCGCCCACCGUCCAUUUCUCCCAGCGCCAUCCUCUCGCACCGUCAAUACCAGAACAUCACCUCCGCUCCCUACGGUGAGCACUGGCGCGCCAUUCGUCACAACCUCACAUCGGAGGUCCUCCACCCAACGCAGCUCCACCGGCACGCGUCAGCGCGCCGCCGUGCACUACAUGGUCUUGUCGUGGACCUCGCCGAGCAGAGGAAAAACGGCGUGGUUCACGCGGCGGAGAGCAUCCGCUACGCUAUGUUUGGCCUGGUGGCCAACAUGUGUUUCGGCGACAACAUCAACAAUAACCGCGUCCGUGCCAUGGCCGACGCUCAGAGUGACCUCGUCAAGUCCCUAUCUACGGCGCGCGUGUUCGCGCACGCGAAGCUCCCCGCACUGACCAGGCUCAUUUAUCGUAAUCGGUGGAAGAAGCUAGCCGCCUUGCGACAGCAGCAGGAGGAGACGUACCUACCACUCAUCAACUCCCGUCGCGGCCGGCACCGGCGACCCAGCGAGACGCCGGUGUAUGUGGACACACUCAUCGAUCUCACGGUGCCGGACGACCACAGUCAGGACCCAAGGCGGCAUCGGAGAAGGCAGUCCGAUGGUGAACUCGUCGGCAUGUGCUCCGAGUUCCUUGGUGCUGGAACUGAAACAACAGCAUCAGCGCUGCAGUGGAUCAUGGCCAACUUGGUGAAGCGUCCCGACAUACAGGAGACCGUCCGGAAGGAGAUCAAUGCCAUCGUGGGUGCGGACGCCGAGGAAGUCAGCGAGGUUGUUCUUGGAAAGCUGGAGUACCUGCAUGCUGUGAUCAUGGAGGCACUCCGGCUGCAUCCGCCGACGUCUUUUGCGUUCAGGCAGGUGAUGGAAGAGGAUCAUGUGGUUCACAAUGGCCAGCCUAUUCUAGUGGGCACAAAAGUGUACUUCCCACUGGCUGCUAUAGCACGAGACAUGACAGCGUGGGAUAACCCUGACAAGUUCAAGCCACAACGGUUCCUGUCCUACAAGGAUGCAUCCCAAGGAACCGACGGCACGAUCAAAAUGAUGCCUUUCGGCGGUGGUCGGAGGAUGUGCCCUGGUAGGGGUGUCGCAAUGCUGCACUUAAGCUACUUCACCGCCAACCUUGUGAGGGAGUUCCGGUGGAGGGAGGGAGAAGGUGAACGUGCCGUUGAUCUCCGACCUCAUGUUGAGUUCUUCACUGUCAUGAAGCGGCCAUUGCGUGCUCACCUAGAGCUUGAAAGGACAGAGAUCAAAACUAGUUAA